AGUCUGUCCCGCGGAAUGACUAUACGCAAGGGGGGCGGGGGGCUGAGGGGGAAGGAAGUCGCGGCGAGUUCCUCCGACGUGGUGGAGACGGUGGAGGUUGUGUCUACGAGGCGAGUGGUCGAGGAGGCGAGGCAGAUCGUGGAGAGCGAGUCGAGGAGCAGCGUGUUCGAGGUGAUCACGGAUUCGAAGGGUAACGUUGUCGAGACGAGCCGCCCUCCCCGCAACGCGGCCAAAACCUGUCGAGACUUUAUCGCGAAGGAGCGAUCCGGGACUCGCUCGAGCGUCGUCAAAUCGUCAGGGGAGUCCUCGAGCGAGGUGGAGGAGAGCAGGAGGAGCGAGUCCCUCGUGGAGAAAUGCUCGUCGAUCGUCGAGCAGGAUCGAAGAUCGACCGCGAUCACGAACGGUGCCACGUCGUCGUACGAGAGCAGGGAGGCGAGCAGCGAGGAGGUCUACGAGGAGACGACCAGGGACGGACAGCGCACGAACAGAACGAGAAUUCACGAGACGGACGAAAAGUUGGUCGACGACGGAGGAAAGGUGGGCAGGUCACGGAGUCGAAGCGUGGAGGUCGAGGAGGCCGCGCCUCGAGCAGUCAAAUUGACGGGCGACAGGCGGGGUGGCGGGAAGAGGGCCUCCUCUCGCGGCGAGGAAACCGGAGAGAGGAAGAAAAUCAGCGAGGUGGCGACGCGGUGCAACAAGCCUGGGCAAUCCGCGUGGGACGGCACGUUCGUCAGCGAGAGUCCGUCUCCCCUCGAUAAAACGGAGCAUCGCCUCGUCUCCGAGGCUCGAAACGCAGCGAGCGUUGAAAUCUCCGCAGAGACCUCCUCCUCCUCCUCGUUCGUGAUGCGCGACUCGAGGAUCGUGGACGCGACCGAUCUCGCGCAUCCCAGGAAGAGCCCUCGACGCUCGAGGCCGGGCGAGUCCGCGUGGGACGGCACGUUCGUGAUCGAGAAGAAGACGCCCGAGCCGAGGAAGAGGAACGUGUUCGACUCCGCCACGACGGAGGCGAGAGUUCGAAGGUACGAGAGCGCGAGCUCGUGCGAGAAGAGGUCGUGGAGGGUGGAGGGCGAGGAUUCCUCGAGGAAUCUGGAGGAGUCGAGCUGGAACGGGGGCGAGAGGACGGUGGUGAGAAGGGGCGAGAAACGGCGGGACUCGGACGUGGACGUGGAGGACGUGAGCGAGGAGCGGAACGUGUCCCGUCUGUCCACCGAGUCGGUCUCCUCCUCGUACAUCGUGGAAUACGCGGCGGCCACGGCGGACGAGAGGAGGAAGACGGUGGAAAAGGCGAGCUCCGUGUCCGACGCUAUUUUGGAGGAGGACGACGGCCAUCCUCCUCCUCCUCCUCCUCCUCCUCGAGGAGGAUCGAGUCGAGACGCGGCUAGGUCCUCGCGGGUCGGGGAGGAGGCUGCUCGGAAAUCGAACACCGAGUCGACGAUCGUGAUCCGCGACGUGACCGGGGACAACUCGAUAAACGAGGCGGAGAUCUCGACGACGGCCUCCUACGUGGUCGAGCACUCGUCCAGCCAGCAUAGUUUCACCGACGUCAGGGACUCGUCGCUCCUCCACGAGACCGUCGUCGUGCGCGAUGUCGCGGCCGAUUACUCCUCGAGCAGGCCGGAAACACCGGAGAGAGGGGCGAGGGAUCGGGCCAGGAUCGCGAAGCCUGGCUCCUCGACCUGGGACGGGACCUUCGUCGCGGAGAAAUCGACGAGGAGGAGGGCCGAGAGCGGAGGAGAAUCGAUGGAGGGCGGCCCCGUGCCGAGAUCGAGGAAGCACGUGGCCGACACCGGCGAACGAGCGUCCAAAGUUUUCAGCAAUUCGAUCGUGAUGGAGCAAUCGAGCGUGCACCACAGCUACUCCGACUCCUCGAACCUCGACUACUCGACGAGCUCCGUGGAGACCGUGAUCGUCCGCGACGGCGUUCCAACGUCCACGGUGCACAAGUCCGUCACGAUCGAGGAAGGAUCUCGCGCCAAGGAUGUCGAGAAGAGGCCGUCGAAACCGGGCGCCUCGACCUGGGACGGCUCCUUCGUCCACGAGAAGAAGUCCGUGGAGGACGAUAAGAAGAAACCGUCCACGGACGUUCCGGUGGAUCUUGGAAGAUCGGCGAACGACGACGAGCAACCGAUCUACGUCACCGAAAAAUCCAUCACCGUCGCGGACGCCUCGAAGGAGACUUCCGAAUUCGUCGCUUCGACCACGCUCGAUACCGAGAUCCUCGAUUCGUCCAAAUAUUCCGCGACGAUCGUUCGCGAGAUCGGCGACGAGAAACCUCGCGGAGAACCAGACGAGAAGGUGGACAGAUCUUCGAGACCGACGAAACCGGGCGCCUCGACUUGGGACGGUUCGUUCGUGUACGAGAAACCGCAGGAUCGGGGAAAGAUCGAGCCGACGACGGAGGACAGAGGAGAGCCAACCUCCUCUCCCUUGGCUGGACGCGAUACCACGAAAAUUUCGAAAGUGGAGCGCGAUGUGAGAAAGGAUAGCACGGAUAUCGACGCGACUCGAUCCACUUACGUGAUCGAUCGAUCGUCCGGUUUCACCUCGGUGCAGGACGUCCGCGACGUGGUGGAGGAGCGUGUCAUCGGCGAAUUCACGAGGGACACGCGUAAGGACGUGAGAGAUGUCACCGUGUCGACGAGCGAGUUCAUCGACAAAGAGCAGGUGACUAGCAUGGUGGCGCGGGAUGUGGUUGACGACAUCAGGUACGACGGAUUCGCCACCUCGACUCCGAGGAAGGGAUCGCCGGAACGACCCGGCUACCCGCGCGGAAUCCCCGGUCUGCGGGAAGAGAAACCGAUCCCAGCCGCUGGAAAACCGAGCCGACCCCCGCAACAGAGGGAACCGAGCCCCGUGGAGAGGCCCAGGGACUCGGCUGGCAAAUCGCCUCGCGACUACGUCUCGCCUACGAGGAAACCGAGGAGAGGAGAUCAGACGCCCGAUUCUCUCGAGGAGGAGGACGCCCAACAAAAGCUACCCGACAUACUGUCCAAGAUCCCCCUGAAGGAGCAAUGCAUCUGCGAGCUGUGCACCUGCGGGCGGCACCGUUGCCCCCACAAUCUCUUGCCCCAGGAUCACCUGGAGAUCCCACGGGGCGAGCCGGUGCACACGGUCACAUCUUACCGCCAGGAAUUCGACGAGAAACGUUUGGUGGACAGGCAGACGAUCCACCACCACGAGGAUCACCUUCGAAUGGAGGGAGAUUUCGUUGGGGAGAGACGAACGGAUUACACGGCGACGAGGGGCGAGAGGGCUGUGGUGAAGAAGCCGCAGGACAACCUCAAGCCGGAGGGGGAGUUCGUGGGCAGAGCGAGGGAGGAGGCGCCGAAGCACGGGGACAGGGCGCCUAUCAGGCGGCCGGUGGACAAUCUCAGGCCGGAAGGGGAAUUCGACAGCACGACUACCACGGAGCUGGUGUUCACCGGUACCCCCGGCGAACGGCCCAGCCCGAUACGACGCAACACGUACACCAAGGUGGAGGGCGAGUUCAUCGAUUCGACCACGACGAGGUCGGAAUACGUGGAUCAUCGAGCGGUGCAGCGUGCAGAGAUCGUCAAACGUACGGACAACCUCACUGUGGGAGAGGGUGAAUUCACGGGUACCUCUCGUCUCAAGGAGGAUUUCCACACGUACGACGUCGUGGAGAGGGAGCCGCGACGGCGGCUCACCUACACCGAGGAGAAGGAGGAGGAGGAGGGUCGCUUUUACGGGAGGAAGACGGACGUGUUGGAAACGACUACUACGACGCAGGAUGAGUAUCGAAGUUUCGAUCGAACCGAUUACAGCAGAAGCACAGCCGUGAUCAGACGGGAGGAUAAUUUGAAGCCGGAAGGACCGUUCGAAGGAAGGCCUAAGGACGAUUACUCGCCGAAACGAGGUGAACGUCCGGAAGUAAAGAGACCCGAGGACAAUUUGAGACCGGAAGGACCCUUCGAGGGACGUCCAAAGGAUGAUUUUUCGCCGAAACUAGGUGAACGUCCGGAAGUAAAGAGACCGGAAGAUAAUUUGAGACCAGAAGGGCCGUUCGAGGGAAGGCCUAAGGACGAUUACUCGCCGAAACGAGGUGAACGUCCGGAAGUAAAGAGACCCGAGGACAAUUUGAGACCGGAAGGACCCUUCGAGGGACGUCCAAAGGAUGAUUUUUCGCCGAAACUAGGUGAACGUCCGGAAGUAAAGAGACCGGAAGAUAAUUUGAGACCAGAAGGCCCCUUCGAGGGACGUCCUAAGGACGAUUACAAGCCGACCAGAGGGGAAAGGGCUGAUGUGAAGAGGCCUGAAGAUAAUUUGAGACCGGAAGGACCGUUUGAAGGAAGGCCUAAGGAUGAUUAUAAACCAACCAAAGGGGAAAGAGCCGAUGUGAAGAGGCCUGAAGACAAUUUGAGACCGGAAGGACCGUUCGAAGGCAGACCAAAAGAUGAUUAUAAGCCAACCAAAGGAGAACGCGCUGAUGUAAAGCGUCCAGAGGAUAACCUAAAACCGGAGGGUCCGUGAAGGAAGGCCAAGGAUGAUUUCUCGCCGAAGACGGCCGAACGUCCCGAAGUGAAGAAGCCUCAAGAUAAUUUAAGACCUGAAGGACCAUUCGAAGGAAGGCCUAAAGACGAUUACAAACCUACGAAAGGAGAACGUGCCGAUGUAAAACGUCCAGAGGAUAACCUAAAACCGGAGGGUCCGUUCGAAGGAAGGCCCAAGGAUGAUUUCUCGCCGAAGACGGCCGAACGUCCCGAAGUGAAGAAGCCUCAAGAUAAUUUAAAACCCGAAGGCCUCUUCGAAGGUCGUCCAAAGGACGACUACAAGCCAACUAAAGGAGAACGCGCCGAUGUAAAGCGUCCAGAGGAUAAUCUAAAACCGGAAGGACCUUUCGAAGGUCGUCCAAAGGAUGAUUUCUCGCCGAAGAGAGCGGAGCGGCCCGAAGUACGAAGGCCGGAGGACAACCUGCGGCCGGAGGGUGAUUUCGAGGCUCGUCGCAAGGACGAUUAUCAACCGGUUCGUGGCGAGCGAAUCGAGAUGGUGAAACGCACCGACAAUCUUCGAAUGGAGGGCGACAUGGAGACUUAUCGUUCGAGAGACGAGUACGCCGACUUCCUGAUCCGCGAGAGGACCGAGGUGACCAAGUAUCGGGACAACUUGAGGAUGGAGGGCGAGUUUAUCGACGUUAGGACGAGGGACGAUUUCAAAGUGGUGAGAGGGGAACGCGUGGACGUGGUGAGGCAUCCCGACAAUUUAAGGUCGGAAGGUCCCUUCGAGGCCCGUCCGAAGGACGACUAUUCUCCCCCGAAGAAGGUGGAGAGGCCGGAAGCGAGGAAGCCGGAGGAUAAUCUGAAGCCGGAGGGUGAGUUCGUCGGCAGGCCGAGGGAGGAGGCGCCCAAACACGGCGAACGCGCCCCGAUCAAGAAGCCUCGAGACAAUUUAAGACCCGAGGGUGAAUUCGAGAGGCCCGAGAAGAGACCCGUCGGCCCCGCUGAGAAGAGGACGCCUAUCAAACACGCGGAUAAUUUGAAACCGGAGGGAGAAUUCGAAAGACCGAAACCGGAAGAAUUUAAACCUGCUGAGAGACCAAUCGUGAAGCCAACCAAAGGAGAACGCGCUGAUGUAAAGCGUCCAGAGGAUAACCUAAAACCGGAGGGUCCGUUCGAAGGAAGGCCCAAGGAUGAUUUCUCGCCGAAGACGGCCGAACGUCCCGAAGUGAAGAAGCCUCAAGAUAAUUUAAGACCUGAAGGACCAUUCGAAGGAAGGCCUAAAGACGAUUACAAACCUACGAAAGGAGAACGUGCCGAUGUAAAACGUCCAGAGGAUAACCUAAAACCGGAGGGUCCGUUCGAAGGAAGGCCCAAGGAUGAUUUCUCGCCGAAGACGGCCGAACGUCCCGAAGUGAAGAAGCCUCAAGAUAAUUUAAAACCCGAAGGCCUCUUCGAAGGUCGUCCAAAGGACGACUACAAGCCAACUAAAGGAGAACGCGCCGAUGUAAAGCGUCCAGAGGAUAAUCUAAAACCGGAAGGACCUUUCGAAGGUCGUCCAAAGGAUGAUUUCUCGCCGAAGAGAGCGGAGCGGCCCGAAGUACGAAGGCCGGAGGACAACCUGCGGCCGGAGGGUGAUUUCGAGGCUCGUCGCAAGGACGAUUAUCAACCGGUUCGUGGCGAGCGAAUCGAGAUGGUGAAACGCACCGACAAUCUUCGAAUGGAGGGCGACAUGGAGACUUAUCGUUCGAGAGACGAGUACGCCGACUUCCUGAUCCGCGAGAGGACCGAGGUGACCAAGUAUCGGGACAACUUGAGGAUGGAGGGCGAGUUUAUCGACGUUAGGACGAGGGACGAUUUCAAAGUGGUGAGAGGGGAACGCGUGGACGUGGUGAGGCAUCCCGACAAUUUAAGGUCGGAAGGUCCCUUCGAGGCCCGUCCGAAGGACGACUAUUCUCCCCCGAAGAAGGUGGAGAGGCCGGAAGCGAGGAAGCCGGAGGAUAAUCUGAAGCCGGAGGGUGAGUUCGUCGGCAGGCCGAGGGAGGAGGCGCCCAAACACGGCGAACGCGCCCCGAUCAAGAAGCCUCGAGACAAUUUAAGACCCGAGGGUGAAUUCGAGAGGCCCGAGAAGAGACCCGUCGGCCCCGCUGAGAAGAGGACGCCUAUCAAACACGCGGAUAAUUUGAAACCGGAGGGAGAAUUCGAAAGACCGAAACCGGAAGAAUUUAAACCUGCUGAGAGACCAAUCGUGAAGAAGCCAACGGACAACCUUUAUCCCGAAGGAGAGUUCGAGGUCCCUGAGAAGAAACCCAUUGGGCCUGCUGAGAAGAGGACGCCUAUCAAACACGCGGAUAAUUUGAAACCGGAGGGAGAAUUCGAAAGACCCAAACCGGAAGAGUUUAAACCUGCUGAGAGACCAAUCGUGAAAAAGCCAACGGAUAAUUUGUAUCCCGAAGGAGAGUUCGAGGUUCCUGAGAGGAAACCCAUUGGACCUGCUGAGAAGAGGACGCCUAUCAAACACGCGGAUAACUUGAAACCAGAAGGAGAAUUCGAAAGGCCGAAACCGAAAGAAUUCAAACCUGCUGAGAGACCAGUCGCGAAGAAACCGACCGACAAUCUUUAUCCCGAAGGAGAGUUCGAGAUCCCUGAGAAGAAACCUGUCGGCCCCGCUGAGAAGAGGACCCCUAUCAAACACGCGGAUAACUUGAAACCGGAAGGAGAAUUCGAGAGACCGAAACCGGAAGAAUUCAAACCUGCUGAGAGACCAAUCGCGAAGAAACCAACGGACAAUCUGAAACCCGAGGGCGAGUUUGCGACUCGACCCAAGGAGGAGGCUCCACGAAAGGGCGAGAGAGCCGACGUGAGGAGGCCGGAGGACAACCUACGCCCCGAGGGCGACUUCGAGGUCCCUGAGAAGAAGCCCGUCGGCCCGGCCGAGCGAAGAACCCCGAUCAAACACGAGGACAACCUACGCCCCGAGGGCGAGUUGUCCUUCGAGAGGCCCCGGCCCAGGAGGAUCGGGCCCGCGGAGAAAAGGACCCCUAUCAGGCAUCCGGACAACUUGAAACCGGAGGGCGAGUUCGUCGCGCGGCCGAGGGAGGAGGCUCCGAAGCGGGGCGAGCGGGCGGACGCGAAGAGGCCGAGGGACAACCUUCGCCCCGAGGGCGAGUUCGAGAGGCCGCGCAAGUCGCCCCCUCUCGGCCCCGCCGAGAGGAGGACGCCCAUACGCCACGAGGACAACCUUCGCCCCGGGGAGGGCGAGUUCGACGACUCGACGAAACGUUCAAUUGUGACUGAUGGAAGGACUUGCUCGGCUCGGAGGAAGGCCGAGUCGGCGAGGACGACCAUCGACGACGUGGAAACGAUCGUGACCAAGGGGGAGAGGACGGUCGUUCGAGGGGAGGUGCGCCGAUCGCGGGACGAGAGGGUCGUGAGGCUCGUGGAGGAUGAUCUGAGGGCCCAGGUGAGGAGGCCUAUGCACCCGGAGGGCGAGGGCAACAGGCAGGAGGCGAAGGGGGCCGAGAUGGAGGCCCCCUCCUCCUCGAGGGAGGAUCGGCACGAGGAUCAGCUGAGGAUGGAGGGGGGGGAGAUGGAGGUUCGCCGUUCGAGGGACGACUACAAGAGGGAGGAGAGGGUGGAGAGGGUGGAGAGGAAGCACGAGGACGAUGCGAGGGUGGAGGGCGAGCUGGUCGACUCGCGUCGCAGGAGCGCUGAGAGGAGGUCGCCCAUCAAGCGUGCCGACAAUCUGAAGCGAGGCGAGUUCGCGGGGGCCAGGGCUCGCGACGACUUUGCCUCGCCGAAGGGGAGGGGGGAAAGGGCGGAGGUGGUGCGGCGGGAGGACAGUCUGAGGAUCGUCGGCGGCGAGUUCCGGGACUCGACCUCGCAGAGGUCCACGUACACGGUGAUCCGGGGAGGGGAGCGGGCCGAGGCGAGGCGGCACGAGGACAACUUGAGGGUGGGCACCGGCCACGCCAUGGAAACGAGGACCACGACGAGGGACGCGUUCGCCCACUCGAUCUCGUCCUCCAAGAAGGAGGAUACCAGGGCGAGCGUUGCCGCCGGCCGGAGACACCGCGCGGAGUCCUCGAUCGCGUUGGGGGGGGAGGAUCUCGCGACCACCACCACCGCUCAGAGGAAUUACAACACGUUCACGAAACGAACCGGCAAGGAAGUGGCCGCCAAGAUGAGCGGCAUGGAGUCGAGGGACGUGGAGAGCAACGCGGCGAGGAGGACCUCGUCGAACGUGCAAACGUGCCAACGAAGCGAGGAGGCGAGCUCGAGAUCCUCGAAUCAACACGAGAAGGUGUGCGAGGGGCAAACGCGACACGAGAGGCAUCAUCAGGAGCAAACGAUGAGCAAACGGGACUACGUGAACGCCCAGCACGCCGAGUCUCGACAGAAGAGCCAACAAGUAGCUCGAAGCUACAACUCGAGCCAGACGAGCAGCGCCGAGUUCAGGCAAGCGAUCGUGCACGGGUCCGUGGAAAGAUCGGACGCAACCACCACCACCACCACCACCACCACGAAGACCAGCCACCACAGGAAGAACGUGAUCUCGUCCUCUUCCGCCGACGUGGCCAACUCGGUGCUCCACAGGCGCGGGGGGACCGCCUCGUCCACCGAGGCGCUUCACACCAUAUCUUCGACGGCCGCCGAUCAGAAGAAGAGCAUCUCGAACUUGGCGGAGAGCGGGCAAUACAUAAGCAACUCGAGCCAGAGCAGCGACCGGCGCAGCCUCACCUCGCUGCACCGCAGCGCCAAGGAGGGCAACCCGUGGGCGUCGUCCACGUACGAGCGGCCGCAGAGGAUCGUCCGGCAGGACAAUUUGACGGUCGGCGGCAAGUUUUAUUCCCAGAGCGAGGCGAGGAGCUACGGGAAUUUCGGGAGCCAGAGGGUGGAGCGGGUGCACAGGCAGGCGAACGUGUCGCACAUCAGCCUGGGGGACGGGACCACGGUCACGUCGAGCAUGUACAAGAAGGAGUACGCGCCCAGGCACAGGGGCCCGUGCCCAGCGGCUCUCAUCGAGGCGAAACAGGCACCGUUCAAGCACACCAGAGACACGCCCAAGCACAAGUUCUACAUGCCUGUCGUCUCCAAUUGAUCCAAAAUUUCCCACCGACUUCCCUUCCAUCCAUUUUUUCACAAUUUUACGAGAUAAUAAUAACAACGAUAAGAACCAUGAUUCUUACUCCUCUCCCCCCUUUCUCCACAGAUGUCAUUCGCGCGGAAUCUCGAUAUCGCGAAUCUCGAGCAUUAGAAUCUAAGGUAUCUAACAAAAUUGGGGGGCUGUGACGGAACGCGUCGCUCGAUUUGAUUCAAAAUUUCUUAAAACGACGAGUCUCGAUCUCGGCGCGAUCCUCGAGAUACCGAGCGGAUUGCACGCGUAGGAGUGAACUUGUAUACAUACAUACAUACAUACGUACAUAUAUAUAUAUAUACAAUCGUACACGCAUAUAUUUCGUACGAUGCCGAUAUAUUUUUAUCCUCGAGAAGGAACAACGAGAACGAGAUGCCGUCUCCUCGAUAUAUAUAUAUAUUUAUAUAAAUGGGUUAUCCGAUCGGGAAGCGGAUGAAAAUCGAGUUUUUUAAAAGAAGAUUUAUUUUCACCUUUAAUCAACGUGUAUUACAAAGCAAUAACUAGAGCUUAAAUCCGUGAUAAGGACGAAUCUGAUCGAGAAGUUAGAUUCGACCGAUAAUUAGAAAUAGAUGCGGCCGUUCGUGCCGCGCGUAGCGCCCCCUUUUUCGUCGGCUUACGUUACGUUACGUUCCAUCUUUCCUUCUCGCCUUUUUUCUUCUUUUUUUCUAACAUUGUUGUUGCGAUUAUCGUUGCUGAUAUUAACCCUGUUCGUUUCGAAUA